AUUAUCAUAAAAUAUAAUUAUCAAGCAUGGUAAGAAAAAGAUGGUAAUCGUGUAUUUUACCAAUUUAAAAGUAACUAUCUACUUAUCAAAUGCCACCAAUGAGAAGUUUCACAAUAAUUACCACAAAGGUUCAGGCGUAAUAUGUGCUCGGGGGUCUGAAGUAACAUAUUCUGGUGUCUGAGCCGUGAUGUGACAUACGGCUCAGGAUUCCACUGAACUAGAGGAGGUCUGUGUGGUUUAACAAACAUAACUGAUCUAUGAGAAUCCUUGAGUGUGUUGUUGUUAUCAAGUUCAUGUGACUGAAUCCUCUCUCAGACUCAGCAGUACUAAUAGGAAUAACUUGUGAACAGCUCAGUACUGGGAAUAAAUCUUAGGGGAUGCGGCUUUUUACGAUCCUCCACAUAAUCUCUGAACGCAUUUAUUACGGAGGAAGAAGUAAGUUUAAACCUCUUACAGAAAGAUGAUAUUGCAUCUUCUCCAUAAUUAGGCGUUAUUUCAGCAGGCCAGUUUUCUUUAUCAAGGACACACAUUUCAUUUAUCAGGGAUUUGUACAUCCUUUGAGGUUUAGAAGUUUGAGAACCUUUCAAGGAUGUUGCCAUGAAGAUACGGUGCUGCAAAUUGUUUAUAAGAGUAGUAAGAAACUGUAGAUAAUUAAUGGAGACAAUUUUGUUUUUGCAUGUUAAGGUAAUUUCUUCAAACUUGUCCUUUUUAACUGUCUCUUGAGCUUCCAGACUUUUUGUACCAGGUUGCUCUUUCAGUCCAUGCAGUGAUCUUAUGGUCUGUUGGAUCAGUUUGUCUCCAUAAACAAUCAUAGUAGUGCAUUUCUGAAAACACUCUGACAGCAAACCAAGUUCAUGCAAAAAGUCAUAUGUCAGAGCUAAGUCCAAUAGAAACUGUUCUGUAGAGUCUUUUCAACAGACCUUCAUAGGUUUUUCAAUCACUCCCAGAUCUUGUUUCAUCCUUCAUUGCUUUUUGGAAAUGAAAAAACAGUGCUUCAUCAUUUUGCCACACUGCUGAAAUGAGCUAGCUAUGCACCUGGUGCCCAGAACAUGGCCUAUUUUGUAAAUUUGCUGUUCUAGUUGAGAGGCACAUUCAGACAGUUCCUUUUGAUUUAGUGAUCGACUGUAAACAGAGUGCAAUUUGUCCAUAAACGAUUGAAAAUGAUUUAUUCCAUGAACUUCUCUCACCGAAUCACUGACUGCAAGUUCUGAUCUGUGAUUAAGACAGUGCCAAAUUGUCACAUUAGGGUAAUGUUCUUUGAGAAUUGUAGCAACACCAGAUUUGACACCAAGCAUUACGCUCGCCCCAUUACUAGCAAAUGUUACAAGGCAAACACGAGGAAAUCUGCAGGUGUUGGAAAUUAAAACAACACACACAAAAUGCUGGUGGAACACAGCAGGCCAGGCAGCAUCUAUAGGGAGAAGCAAUGUCGACGUUUUGGGCCAAGACCCUUCGUUUGUUUAUUUCCACAGAGUGGUGGGUAGCUGGAGCGCUCUGUCUGGGGUGAUGGGAGACCCCAACAGUCACAUGAUCCUGUUUGACCCUCCCAUUUAACGGCAGAUGUAACAAUCACUUCCCGCAUGCUCACUGUCUCUGGAUGGGCGGUGUUUUCCUUUCCGCUCAGUGCUGAAGUGGAUCAUCUGGGAUUGGGAAAGUGCCCUCACUUCCUGCGUCUGGGACCUGGGGGGUCGGGAUGACUGUUUGUGGGCCGAAGAUAUCACUUUCCCAUCGAAUUGAAAUGGGAGACCCACCAACAGGUCAUGUGAGGCUGUGCGCUGCAGAUCUGCCCCGCCCUCUGCUUUGUGACGCAAGAUCACAUGUUAGACCUGGGGUAAGAGAUUAAUUGGAAGAAAAACCCCAACUGGAAGCAAACCACGACUGAAGACGGGGGAACAGCAACAAGUGAACCAGCCCAAGUAUAGACAGCAUCAACUGGAGAGGACCUAUCUGACUUGGGAGAUUCCAGUGAUUCAGUCAGGAGAAAGUUUGGUUAAAAAUGACAAGGAAUUUGUCUACGGGAAUUUCGAACACAACACACAAGUUUUGCUGUCUCAGUCCAGAUAUUUAAGAAGUGGAGCAAGGGAUUCAAUCGAUCAUCCUUCCUGCUCAGACUGUGGGGAGGGACUCACUCGAACAUUUGACUGACUGGCGUGCCUGUCAUUUUACACAGAGGGGAAUGCAUUCAUCUGCUCAGACAGUGGGAAUGGAUUCAGUUGGUCAUUUCAACUGAAGGUACAUCAGGAAGUUCACACUGGGCAAGACCAUUCACCUGUUCUGUGUGUGAGAAAGGAUUCAGCUGAUCAUCCCACCUGUGGACACACCAACCAGUCAGUUCACACUGGGCAGAGGCUGGUCAUCUGUGGAAUUUGUGGGGAAGGAUUCACUCGGUCACCUGACCUAAUGGCUCACCAGCGAGUUCACACUGGGAAGCGGCCAUUCACCUGCUCGGACUGUGGGAAGGGAUUCACUUGCUCAUCUAAGCUGAAGGUACAUCAGCGAGUUCACACCGGAGAGAGGCCGUUCACCUGCUCGGACUGUGGGAAGGGAUUCACUUGCUCAUCCCAACUGAAAAAACACCAGUCUGUUCACACUGGGCAGAGGCCAUUCACCUGCUCAGACUGUGGGAAGGGAUUCACUUUGUCAUCUCACCUACUGAGACACCAGUCAGUUCACACUGGGGAGCAGCCAUUCACCUGCUUGGACUGUGGGAAGGGAUUCACUGAAUCAUCUCAACUGAAGGUACAUCAGCGAGUUCAUACUGGAGAGAGGCCAUUCACUUGCUCAGUCUGUGGGAAGGGAUUCACUCAGUCAUCUCAUCUGAAGGUACAUCAGCGGAUUCACACCGGAGAGAGGCCGUUUACCUGCUCAGACUGUGGGAAGGGUUUCACUGAAUCAUCUCAACUGAAGGUACAUCAGCGAGUUCACACCGGAGAGAGGCCGUUUACCUGCUCAGACUGUGGGAAGGGUUUCACUGAAUCAUCUCAACUGAAGGUACAUCAGCGAGUUCACACCGGAGAGAGGCCGUUCACCUGCUCAGACUGCGGGAAGGGAUUCACUCGGUCAUCUCAUCUGAAGGUACACCAGCGAGUUCAUACUGGAGAGAGGCCGUUCACCUGCUCAGACUGUGGGAAGAAAUUCACUCAGUCAUCCGAACUUAAGGUACAUCAGCGAGUUCAUACUGGGGAGAGGCCAUUCACCUGCUCAGACUGUGGUAAAGGAUUCACUCAGUCAUCUCAACUGAAGGUACAUCAGCGAGUUCACACUGGAGAGAAGCCAUUCACCUGCUCAGACUGUGGGAAGGGAUUCACACAGUUAGGUAGCCUACAAGCACAUCUGUCAGUUCACAUUGGGGAGAGGCCAUACACCUGCUCAGACUGUCGUAAGGAAUUCACUUCGUCAUCUCAACUGAAGGUACAUCAGCGAGUUCACACUGGAGAGAGGCCGUUCAGCUGUUCAGACUGUGGGAAGAGAUUCAUUCAGUCAUCCGAACUUAAGGUACAUCAGCGAGUUCACACUGGGGAGAGGCCAUUCACCUGCUCAGAUUGUGGUAAAGGAUUCGCUCAGUCAUCUCAACUGAAGGUACAUCAGCGAGUUCACACUGGAGAGAAGCCGUUCACCUGCUCAGACUGUGGGAAGGGAUUCACACAGUUCGGUAGCCUACAAGCACACCAGUCAGUUCACAUUGGGGAGAGGCCAUUCACCUGCUCAGACUGUGGGAAGGGAUUCACUUCGUCAUCUCAUCUGAAGGUACAUCAGCGAGUUCACACUGGGGAGAAGCCAUUCACCUGCUCAGACUGUGGGAAAGGAUUCACUCAGUCAUCUCAACUGAAGGUACAUCAGCGAGUUCACACUGGAGAGAAGCCGUUCACCUGCUCAGACUGUGGGAAGGGAUUCAUUUCUUCAACUCAUCUGAAAGUACAUCAGCGAAUUCACACUGGAGAGAAGCUGUUCACCUGCUCAGAAUGUGGGAAAGGAUUCACUCAGUCAUCUCAUCUGCUGACACACCAAUCAGUUCACACUGGGAAGAGGCCAUUCACCUGCUCAGUCUGUGGGAAGGGAUUCACUCUGUCAUCUCAUCUACUUACACACCAGCGAGUUCACAAUGAGUAGAGGUCGAUCUCCUGCGCAGACUUUCGGAAGAGAUUCUCUCAACCAAAUGUGCAUCAUUGUGUUCACACUGGGGAGAGGCCGUUCACUUGCUGCGAAUGUGGGAAGUGAUUCUCUCAGUCAUCUAACCUUAUCUACCUCUCGCUUUAGCUAGCAGCUUAAUAUAGGGGGUGAUAGCUCCCCCAGCCUGGCCCAACUUAAGCAAUCUUGUUUGUGUGGAUGCUGCAUGAUGUUACUAAUCAGUACCCCAAAAUAACAGACAGUACACAAUAUGUGAUUAAACGAUUGAGAUUUAUAAUUCUUACUUUGACUAUAGGGUUAGUAAAGAAAACAAAAACAAAGAGAAAAAGGGCCCACUCUCUUCAUUUGCAUCUUCUCAUCUCUCCCUGGCAAAAGACCAUGAUAAUCUCUCUUCCAGACGCACAAGAAAACAUUUCUCUCAUUGGAUAGUCCCGCACUCCAAAACUCUAUUAUCUCUAGUCGUAACCUAGACAUUGCUGCUACAGAGAAACCAUUAUCUCAGCAGUGAAAUGUUACAGAGAGGUCAUUACAUCAGCAUGUUAUACUUGUGUCACACUACCGGGUUCACACUGGGGAGAAAGUUCCAAUAAGCUGCAUGCUGGAUAUUUGUCCAUCACCACUGCUGAAUGCUAUUUCGAGAGUGACUGUCGGUGCUUAACUCUGCAAUUAUUGCUGCUGCUCACCACACCCAGUCCUGCACCCUGGUCACUGGGCAUGGGAGGAGUUUCUUUUGCUGCACAUUCACCUGUAUUGGCACUGGAGUUUAAUAUUCUGCAUCUGUGAUAAAUAAAUCAGUUCUAUUUUAAACUCCAUAUUUGGUACUUAGUGAAUUUAUAACACAACUAGUGUACUCAGGCCUGCUGGACCCGGCCAGUGAUUCGGUUCCAUGACAGUUCUUUUAAAUCCUCCCCUGUUGUUCCCCUCUCGCUCUCUCUGUGGGAUGGGUUCCAGUCACCACUCUGUGGGUGAAGAGGUUUUACUUGAAUUUUUUGCAGACUGAAGAAGUCGAGCUGACUGCAGUUCUGUCUGAGAUGUUCUUCGCCCCUCAAUUCUCUGGGCUGAGGAAGAAUGGCACUGGGAGUUAACCUCCUUAUUCAGGGCUCAUUUCCACAUUAUGGGUCAUUUUCCCUGCUUCUAAAGGGUUGUUAGAAAACACCACUGUCCUCCGAAGACUGCAAACAGAACGGGAAACCAUUAGUUGGAUGUUCAAUGAAGCAGGGUCAGAAACCAGAGGUGGGUCUGCACAGAGCAGAGUUUCGGGCUCCGGAUGAAGGUCAGGAUAAGAAUGUAUGAUGAGGAGAAGGGAAUCAGCAGCGGGGCGUGACUACAGAUAUCAGAGUAGCAACAUUUUUUAAGCUGAUUUACAGGGAAAAUUAUUCAGAUGCCUGACUGAUGACGCAAGUAAUACCUGUGGUGGAGUGCCCCAUUGGUCGAGGAACAUGUGUGUGUUGAGAAUGGCUAUAUCUAUUGAGGGAGUUGUUCCUGCUUGUUUAUCCUGUAGUAUAUCCGGAUAUUUAUUUUAGGUUAUCCUAUCUGUAAUAAUGUAUUGGUUAUUAUAUAAAUUGUGAGAUUCUGUCCCUCACUGGAUCAGGCUUGAAUUUAUGGUGCUUUAAUGAAGUUAUGGUGGUCAUUCAUGAAUUUGUAUUUUAAAGCACGAUUUUGGUGAAUAAUAUUUUCCACUUGAUUGUACCUGCAUAAGUAAUCAGAUUGAGUCAACUGCUGCAGGAUCCUGGAAUAUGUUUGACUGUGUCUCUUGGUACUUUCUGCAUUUAUUGCCUUGUUUGUUUGUAUUGCUUGUAUUUUUGAUUUUUUCCUUUCUUUUAGUUAACCACCUUGUCCUGUAUUUCUGCAAGGAACCCCUAUGUUUCUGAGAAGAGUUCUCCAACUCUCAGUCAGGUGCUUGAUGCUUCCUUAUCAACAUCUAGUCUGCUCAGAUCGUUGGGAUGUCUCCCAUGGAGGGUCGUACUCAUUCCACUGGUUAACGUUUUCUUCCAUAGUGAUGAUUCAUUUUUCUUAUUUGGCCUCUCAUUUAAGUUUUCUGGUCUGUAUUUCUUAUCAUGAUUGCAUAUACAUGUAUGGAGUGCUGAAUCCUGUUCAUUUUUUUGAUGAAAAUAUAUACUUAGAAGUUU